CUUUAAGUAAUCGAUUCACGUGUAAAUAAUUUUGAACAAUCGAGAUGGUGACCUCGAACAAAAUAAUCGAUAGUUUAACACCAGAUUUUUAAGUCGGUUAAAGGGACUUAAGUGACGGAGAAUGGACUUCGAAAGCCCCGAUGUAGAAAAAGAAUUUCCUGGAUUGUACGCGUCAGAAUCAGCUAAGAAAAAUAACGAAAGCGAUUUUAGUGAUGAUGGUGGACACGAGAAACAUUCCAAGAAAGAACUCCUGGGCGGUAAACGAAAAGAAAAAAAAGAUCGAAAGGAUCGAGGGUAUGCCACCUUAGAAGGCGAAAGUUCGCCCGACGAGGAUCAGGAGACAAAAAGUCCAUCAAAAUUGAAAAAGACCAAAGCUUUUAAAUUCCCUUCAAAGAAGGAGAAACGAGAGAAAUCCAGAGAAAAAGAAGGAAAGGAAAAGGAUGCUGAAAAAGAGAAGGAUAAGAAAAAGAAAGACAAGGAUGAAAAAGAUGUAGACAAAGAGAAGCGCAAAGAGAAGGAGAAAGACAAAGCUAAACAAAAAUUGAAGGAUCGUAAAAAAGGAAAGCAUAUCGGGGAAGACUGUCUAGAUAUUGGAGAGGAGCAACCAAUAUUCGGUGUUAGUCUGUAUUUAGCAGUAGAACGAAGCCGUUGCCAUGAUGGUGUUGAACUGCCCUUAGUUGUAAGAGACUGUAUCGAUUUCGUGGAAGAAUACGGAAUGAAUAUAGAGGGUUUGUACAAAAUUCCAGGAGUAAAAUCGAAAGUGCAGUACUUGAAAAAAUUAUAUAAUAACAGGGACCCUGUAAAUAUGUCUGAGUUUGAACCCAUAAUAGCUACGAGCUUGCUGAUAUUAUUUCUUAGAGAGCUACCAGAACCUGUAUUGGAGAACAGCGAAAUGAUAUCCAGGUUUGAGCAAGCAGCAUCCACAAAAGAUGUUGCUCAGAGGGAAGCACAAUUGAUACAGCUAACUCAACAACUUCCAGAGUGCAACAAGGUUCUUCUCGCAUGGGUCAUAUUGCAUUUAGAUCAUGUCACGGCACGAGAGAAAACAACAAAAAUGAAUGCUCAAACCAUUUCAAUGACAUUAAGUCCUGUCUUACAAAUGAGUCAUAGAUUGUUACUAGCUUUGUUGUUUCAUUGCAAAGCUCUCUUUCCAAAUGUACAGUUAACAAAGUAUAUUCCACCACUCUCAUCUGGCAGUGUUAAUCUUCCAGAGUCUGUAGAAAGUAUUGCUGCCGAAUUGUCUAAGCAGGAAUCAUUGCUCUCACAGAUACAUAUGCAAAUGAAUGCAGGUUUUGUUACUAAAUCACGCGAAGAACAAUUGUGGGAAGUACAGCGUAUGAUAACACAGUUGAAGAGAAAAUAUAAAACGGUUCAAAAAAUGGAAGGAGCUACACAGAAAAGCAUAGAUGAAGAAGUAAAAUCAAACGAUGAAAAUGUAGUUGAAUCGAAUGUACAGAAGUCUAAAAUUGAGAAUGAUGAUUCAGCACAUGUAAAAUCCGAAAGCCAGACGACGUCUACGUCGACGUUGAAGAGGAAUAACAUAAUACACACCUCGGAAGACAAUAAGGAACCAAUAAGUACAAAUAAUAAUCAAAACGAAAGAAAUAGUCAGACCAUCGAUAAGGAUAUCGUUGAUUCUGGCGAGACAUGUGCGCUUGCAGUGCAAUCUAAUGAACAAGAAAGUACUGUAACAUCUAGGACAAACGAAAGUGUUUCAGCAGUAGAAUCUGAACCAGAAAAUGCUAUAGACAAACUGAGAGAGAGUUUAAUUUACGAAGCAUUGCUAAAUAUGCAGGCGUUACUAAAGUCGCGAAUCAAACAAGAAAGAAAUGAAAUUAAACGACUAACUGAAAUAUUGUUACAACUAGGCCCGGAGAAAAAGAGACCAGAAAAACAGGAGCGACCAUAUUCGCCGAAUGAAGCUGAAUUAACAGCCAUGAUUCAAUUAGUCAAAGAGAACCAAUUACUGGAGAAAAAAAUGACCACUUUAAUUCGUAGUAUCAUAGAAGAAAAGGAUGCUUGCAUCGAACUCCGUAUUCAAUUAGCAGCGAAGACUUGACAGCUAAUCAAUGACAAAUAAUAUUUGAAAUUUACAUAAAAAGAAAAAUAAUUACACAGAUUCUGAACAUAUAUAACAUGAUGUUUUGCACAGAAUGAACAUAUAUAGUUUAUAAGAUGUUAUC